CCCCCAUCCACAAAAAUAACCUCCUUAUUACCUCCCUCAGUCUCUCUUCUUCUUAACAUUGUUUUCUUGUCAUCUUGUUUCAGUGUUGCCACUCUCCUCUUUUCUCUCUAAAUAUUCAAGAAAAACUGCAACGAUCUUUUAGUACACUUUUCUUUGUUCAAUCAAUGGCUUUGAUGUUAGACAAUUGCGAAGGGAUAUUAUUAUCCUUAGAUUCACACAAAUCAGUUCCAGCUCCAUUCUUAACCAAAACAUACCAACUAGUUGAUGAUCCAAAUACUGACCAUAUUGUUUCUUGGGGUGAAGAUGACUCUACUUUUAUUGUUUGGCGUCCUCCUGAAUUUGCUCGUGACCUUCUCCCUAAUUAUUUCAAACACAACAAUUUCUCUAGCUUCGUCCGCCAACUCAAUACCUAUGGUUUUAGGAAAAUUGUACCAGACAGAUGGGAGUUUGCUAAUGAGUUUUUCAAAAGAGGAGAAAAACAUUUGCUGUGCGAGAUCCAUCGUAGAAAAACAGCUCAACCACAAAUAUCUAUGAAUCAUCACCACCAUUCCCUUAACCAUCAAAUGAACAUGAGUGGUCCAAAUUUUUUUCCCAAUUACCCAAAUAAUAAUAGGCUUAGCAUUUCACCACCUGACUCAGACGAACUACUACUGCAACAACAACAACCCAAUAUCAAUUGGUGCGAUUCACCUACAACUAUAACUUCUUCCAAUAAUAACAACACUACUGUCACUGCUCUUUCAGAAGAUAAUGAAAGGCUAAGAAGAAGCAAUAAUAUGCUUAUGUCUGAACUUGCUCAUAUGAGAAAACUAUACAAUGACAUUAUUUACUUUGUUCAAAAUCAUGUUAAACCAGUUGCACCUAGUAGUUCAUAUAAUCCUUCCUCUUUAUUACCUGCUUCUGCUACUCCUAUUGUCCAAAAACAUAUGAUUAAUCCUAGACAAGGAAUGAUCAACAAUGGAAUGAACAUAAUGAUGAGCAAUUUCAACAACGUGAACUCUCCAAGUAAGACAUCACAAAGCAGCAGUGUGACAAUUCUUGAAGAAGCAGCAGCUGAUAUGGGUAUUAAUAGAAGUACUAAACUAUUUGGUGUUCCACUUAUGUCCAAGAAAAGAGUUCACCCUGAAUAUUCUUCUUCUUCAUUUAAUAUGGUGGAGACUAACAAAGCUCGUUUAGUCUUGGAAAAAGAUGACCUUGGUUUAAAUCUUAUGCCCCCUUCUUCUUCUUAGACUUUAUUAUUUUUAUUCAAGAAAUAUCAAGUUUUUCUUUUACUCCCUCUAGCUUUUUAGUAUCUUAUUUUUAGCCUCUUACAUUUUUCUAAAAUGUUAGUGGAUCGAUCAUGAGAAGUUGUGCGUGUGAGUUUUUGUCAUAUUUGUUAAUCCAGUUUGUAAAUAUAACUUUAGUGCCGGUAAUAUUAUGUUCCAAACCAUUAAUGCAGGUGGGUUUUUGUUAAA